UUUGCACCGAAAGGGAAGAUGCUUCAAUUGAUCAUGGAACGGUUGAAGAACGUGGAGGCCGACAACGAGCAACUGAAGGCAGACAACGCCCAACUGAAGACAGAUAUCGCCCAACUGAAAGCAGACAACGCCCAACUGAAGGCAGAUAUCGCCCAACUCAUGCGCAGUGUAAACACCCUUGAGCAGGAUGUGGCAGAGUUGCCCUUGUGGACUCCCGCAAGAUGAGACAGCUCCGGUGGAGAGUCUUCCAUGAUGACGCACGGAAAGCCUUGCAGGAUCAGUUUGAUCCAAAGGUGCGAGAGUUGGAUAUGGCUGGGAUACUUGUGCAAACGCGCACCCCACGAACGAGGUUGUCGAGGAGGUGAAAAAGAUGGGGUCAACGUGGUCAAAGUUAUCGUUGAGCGCACGAGUUCCGCCGGUACGAGAAAUUGCAUUCUGCGGCCUCGGCUGUUGCGCACGAGGCAACCGCCGACGAACUGGGCUACAUGGUCCUCUCGUUGAAUGGAGCAUAUUGCGAGGACUGUAUCGCGCUGUAUCGUCUCGUCUUUAGUAAGGAACCGGUGCUUUGAAUUUCUGCUGUCCUCUAGCCACCACGUAGUGCACACUCACGCAAUUAUGUACUAUCAC